GGAGGAUGGGGGCGGGUGGAACAACGGGCCGGUGAGGAGCAGCCGCCACCGUCUCCGCCGUCGCUUCGGCAGCCGCCGCGGUGGUCGCUUCGGGCAGCCGCUCGCUCUCGGGGCGUCGCCUCCCAUCCCGACAUCCCGCCCGGAGGACGCUGAGGCUGAAGCGCGGCCGGCGGCUGGGGGACGGUCCGGCCCCUCAGCUGCGCGGGCGGCCGCAGUGACAGCCCGGCCCCAGCCCGCCGCCCGCCCUCGCCCUCGCCCUCGGUGCCCGCAGCCACGAUGAACCGGGGCAGCAGCAGCCCGUCGGCCGCCGCCAACUACCUGCUCUGUACCAACUGCCGGAAAGUACUGCGGAAGGAUAAAAGAAUCAGAGUAUCUCAACCCUUGACAAGAGGACCAAGUGCCUUUAUUCCAGAGAAGGAAGUUGCCCAAGCCAACACAGUGGAUGAACGUACUAACUUUCUUGUGGAAGAAUACUCUACAUCCGGUCGCCUGGACAACAUCACCCAGGUCAUGAGUCUGCACACGCAGUACCUGGAGUCCUUCCUGAGGAGCCAGUUCUACAUGCUGCGCAUGGACGGCCCCCUUCCUCUACCGCACCGGCACUACAUCGCCAUCAUGGCUGCAGCUAGACAUCAGUGUUCUUACUUAAUAAACAUGCAUGUGGAUGAAUUUUUAAAGACAGGAGGUAUUGCUGAGUGGUUGAAUGGUUUGGAAUAUGUACCACAAAGACUGAAAAAUCUUAAUGAAAUAAACAAGCUGUUAGCACACCGACCCUGGCUGAUCACAAAAGAGCACAUUCAGAAACUUGUCAAAACUGGAGAAAAUAAUUGGUCUCUGCCCGAACUGGUACAUGCUGUGGUCCUACUGGCACAUUAUCAUGCUUUGGCAAGCUUUGUUUUUGGUAGUGGCAUCAAUCCAGAAAGAGAUCCAGAAAUCUCCAAUGGAUUCAGGCUAAUAUCAGUCAACAAUUUCUGUGUGUGUGAUCUCGCUAAUGACAACAACAUAGAGAAUGCAUCUCUAACAGGCAGCAACUUUGGGAUCGUCGAUUCUCUAAGUGAGCUAGAGGCCUUAAUGGAAAGAAUGAAAAGGCUUCAAGAAGAAAGGGAAGAUGAAGAGGCAUCUCAGGAAGAAAUGACCACUCGCUUUGAGAAGGAGAAGAAAGAAAGUCUUUUUGUGGUCUCUGGAGAUACUUUUCAUUCAUUUCCUCAUUCAGAUUUUGAGGAUGACAUGAUUAUAACAUCUGAUGUCUCCCGAUAUAUCGAAGACCCCGGUUUUGGGUAUGAAGACUUUGCCAGACGAGGAGAGGAGCAUUUGCCAACAUUCCGAGCUCAGGACUAUACCUGGGAAAAUCAUGGGUUCUCCCUGGUGAACAGACUUUAUUCUGACAUUGGACAUCUUCUUGAUGAGAAGUUCCGCAUGGUCUACAAUCUCACCUAUAACACUAUGGCCACCCAUGAGGAUGUUGACACAACCAUGCUGCGCAGAGCUUUAUUUAACUACGUUCACUGUAUGUUCGGAAUCAGGUAUGAUGACUAUGAUUAUGGAGAAGUUAAUCAAUUACUUGAACGAAGCCUGAAGGUUUACAUUAAGACAGUGACCUGCUAUCCUGAGAGGACUACCAAGCGCAUGUAUGAUAGUUACUGGCGUCAGUUCAAACACUCAGAAAAGGUUCACGUAAAUUUACUUCUAAUGGAAGCACGGAUGCAAGCUGAGCUUCUCUAUGCUCUUCGUGCCAUAACUCGGCAUUUGACCUGAAGCAUCAUCCAGGGAAAAUGUCAUAUAUGUGUAAAGACCUUUUCACAUAGGAUAUACAUCAGAAGCUGUUUGUGAUGUAGCAUCAAACAUUAUUCAAUUCUCUAGUGUCAAAGUUUUAGCCGUUUUUUGGGGGGCGGCUGUAAUGUGCAAUGAUGUUAUUUUCUUUUUCUUGAUGCUUAACAUGACUAACAAUUGCAAAAAUAAUACUGAGGAGCACUACUUGGCAUUGUUUAUAGUUGGGUUUUUGGAUACUGAUCAUAAAUCAUGAACCUGGUUUGUUAAUGCUUAACUUCAGUGCUUUGGGGUUUGUGUGUAUGUGUAUUUUUGUUCUUUCCUUUUUUUUUUUUUUUAAUAAUAUGGAAAAGCGCUUACAAUCUGCUCGAGCAAUUGUUUUUCAGAUAUUGGAAUUCAGCAAUGAAUGACCUCCUCUGGCCAUUCUAGAAUUUUAAUGUUGUGUCCUAAAUCUGGUGGAGGAGAAGCAUGCGCUGUUGAACUAAGCUGCUCACAGGACACUCAUCUGUGUCCCCAGGAGAUUAUUUGUCAGGCACUGUUUAUUUUUUUUUUUGUUUGUUUAUUUGUUUGUUUUUUUUAACUGCUAUUGGCGAUAACAUGAAAUGUGAUACAGCCAUUGUCCAUAAUUUAAUGUGAAAUUGAUCAUGAUGAAUUCUAUAGCAUGCUACUGAAAUGCCAAAUUCAGCUAGUUUCUUUCUCUUCUGAAACAGAAGUUUCCGUUUUCCAUAUCAGAUGUAUAUAUUAAAAGUGGAAUUAUGCACAAUCCUUUCUAUCACUGACAGUAAUCCUCAGUCAUCAGAAAUAAUCAGUGCUUGCAGGGCUACUUGCAGUUCAUUUAGUUGGCACAUAUAAACAUGUACCCACAUAAGACUGACCAAAAAUUUUCUUUGCACAUUUUUCUUUUCUCAUAGUGUUUUCUAUAUUGCAGUAAGCGGAGGAAGGUUAAUAUACCUAUAUUUUUCCCUGCUAGGCUUUUAGAACUUAUUUUCCAUGGUUUUUCUUAUGAUAGGUUAAACAGUUUAUUAUUCAAGGGUAAAAAUUGUGUUUCUAUGCAUUAAUGUGAUUGAACGACAACAACAGAAGAGUGCAAUAUGUUAAAAAAAAUACUCAACAGACUUUCCCCCUAUUAUGUCACUGCAGAAGUGUCCUUUUAACAGAGAGCCAUAAAGAAAUUUGGUUCAGAUUUCUUUAUCGCCCAAGGCUUUUGCCUUCCUGGGGUUGAACAAUGUUCCUUUCAUAAUGCCAAAGCAUCCCCUUCCCCAGAAAAAUCUCUUUGGACAACUGGUUAAAAAAAGAUCUCAAGUCUUAAGGGAAGAAAAAGCAUCCCAAAAGUCACAUUUUUGCAUUGGUUUAUGUUACUUGAUUAGAUUAUCUUCACAGAGCACAACGUUAUGUGUUUAUAGCUUUAAUUUAUAUUAUGUUAAUGAACCAGUGAAGUGCCUAAAGAGAUGCUUACAGCUAUCCAGUAGGACACGACUGCACUGCUUAAACACUUUUUGGUUAACUAAGGGUGACUUGAAUUUUACACAAACAUGCUAAUUGUUUUAAAACAGAUCCAUUUUUUCAUAGUGAAUAAGAUAGUUAAAAUUUUCCGUUAGAGUUCCCACAAAGAUUUCAUCUUAGACUUACUUGUUAUCUAGGAUUUACUUCUUUUCUCUCAUGAAAGAAUUGUGGACUAGUGUUCUGUUCAAUCAUUUCCCCUUCCAUUUAUCAUCCUUUUCUGGUACAAUCCAUUAGGUUGCUUUCUUUUAGGCUUUGCUUUGUUCUAGAUAAGAAAAUAGAAAGAUGACUGUAAACCUAUGAAUAUGAGAUAGUUCUGCAUUUUUAGAUUCCAGGAUUUUGUUUGAAAUCUUCCACUUGAGGAAAAAAAUUGCUAAUUUUUUUUAAGACAGGGUGGUUUAUUUAAAGAGAUUAUUCAAAGAACUCAUGUCAGAUCUAGUCUGUUUUGUUUAUUGCAUAUACAAUAUGUUGAUUUUAUGCCAUAUCACAUUAUAUAGAUAUGUGUUAACCACGAAGAAAGUCUUUAGGGGAAUGGCAAAAUACGAAUGACAACAUGCAUGUCCAUUUGACUUCCCUAAUUUUAGAACUUUCAAGUUGAGGAUAUCCUUUACUCUUGACUUUUUUUUUCUUUUUUUUUUUUUUACUAGCAUUCUUUCAGUUAAUAUCCCUAUGUUUUUGUGCAGGUGACCUGUAUUACAGGAUAAAAAAUGAUUUUUAUAUAUUGAAAAGGAGGAGAAAUUCUCACAGAACACCAUAUGAGCUUUAGACCAAAAGGGGAAACAAGGUUUAAGUAACUAAAAAGGCCACUUAAUUUUUGUUUUUUGUGUUCCCCCCAACCCCCCGGAAAUGUAGGUAGUUGGAGUUGGGUUAUGGAAAUAUUAGUGCCUUUACUAGAUCUCUUUCCUAGCAAGGUUUCUUACUAGCUCAGCAUCGAUCUGUCUCAUCACUAAUCAGGAAAAUCAGUUGACUUGGAACUAGAAACAAAAACAAAACAAUAUAUUUAUGAACCUCACUGAAUCAGCUUAGAAAAGUUGACUUUGAAGGUGCCAAAGCACCUGCCAAGAUGCGGCACGCACAGCCUUCCAGGUUGUGAAAUCCAUUGUACAGCGAGUUUGCUGUGAACUUCAGCUAAUGCAAACUUGAAAUUCUGAUGCGGUUUUCCAGGGUGGUAUUUUUUCAGAGUAUUGAAUUUACUAUGUAGUAAUUUAUAGUAUAGCUUUUUAUAUUAAAAUGUGAUAUUUUUAAAGGAGAUAUCUGGUUCAAUUGGUGUAUUGAUGUGACUAUACGAUCUGCUAACCCACCCCUUGGGCUCUCAUUGUGCCAAACUGAGAUGUGCAGGUGUGCGUGAGAAAAGCACACGUGAAUGGGAAGUCUCUAACUCCGUUGCUUAUUAUUUUCAAAAUAGUCUAAUAAUCCACUGAUGUAUAUGCUUGGUGGAUAGCCGUUUACUUUUGAAUUUCAAGUUUUCCCACUUCCAGUUAUAACUCUCAAUUUCUCAGAUCACCUUAGGAAAAUCCAACUACUCUCCUCUCUGAAAGUAAAUCUUGAACCCAAUCCCUUGACUGCGGGAGUGGCCAGGCAGGUGCCUCCUUGGAGCCUUCUGAUGAGGCUUCCUCAGAUGGACUUGUGAUAAUUAGAGGAAAACAGGCUUUUGAGACGGGACAACUUAUUAUUUCUUCACCUUUUUGAGCUAAGGAUACUAUCUCAGUCUCAGGAAGAAUCUUUGUCCCAUUUGGGGACUUUUUAAAAUAAAGAAUGGCUAGUGUGGAAUCUGGGGCAUGGCCUUGGCCUGUAAUUAUGACUUUAAACCCAAAUAAUAGUGACAGAGCAACACAGGACUGUCUUAGAACAGAAAACUCGAUGUCAGCUUUAUGUCAAAAUCGUAUUUGAACCAGAGCCCCUAUUUAAAUUGUAUUCUAAAGUCCCUUAAAUUGGGAUUGACCUAUAUACACUAACUAAUAUGUGUAAAAUAGAUAACUAAUGAGAACCUGCUGUAUAGCACAGGGAACUCUACUUCAUUUCGCUGUACAGUAGAAACUAACACAACAUUGUAAAACAAAUAUACCCCAAUACAAAAUUAAUUAAUUAAUUAAGUCCCUUAAAAUUUUUAAAUGCUUCUAACAACUAGUUAACAUUAUUCCUGAGCAACUUUUUUUCCCACCUCAUAGAGUUUUUAAAUCCAAAAUCUUAGAUCUUUAUGCCACAAAUGAAGCAAAAUGAAAUUAUCAACGAACAAUUAAAGAUCUGUACUUAAAAAUAGUUCACCACUUUCAUGCAGAGCGCAUGCAUAUAUGAUGGUAAGAUUCUUUUAAACUCUAAGGACAAUUCGUCAGGGAAAAAAAAAUUUCAGUGCAUAUUAUAAAAAUGAUUUGCACUGUGCUAGUAAAAUGAGGUUUUUGUUUUGUUUUAUGUUGUGUUUUAAAGACAAUUCUAAAUCAUUCCUCUGGAAAGCAAGACCUUAAACUCUUCUCUUUAUCUAAGGGGACUUUUUCUUCUUUUAUGCAAAUAGACGGUCUUGCAUGAAGUGAAAAUUAUGCAACAAUAAUGUUAUAUAAAUAGUUCAGGAAAUUUGCUAACAGUAUAAUUCAACAGCAAACUGAAAGGUAUAUGGCUCCUCUAUUCAGAUCGAGUUUUAAGUUACCGAAUUUCAUAGUCAGAACCUAUUCUAGGUGGCCAUAAUUAUAAACUAUGUUUCCCGAUUAUAUCCCUCUGGAGACUGAGAAUCAAAUAAUCUUUCCUUAAAACAGUACUGUAACAUGAAUGUAUUCAUCUCAGUCAACAGAACUUCAGUGCCCCCUGUAUGUGUAGAUUACUUCCAUGCUAAUUUGGCUUCGUUAGUAGUAUCCGCUCAGGUGAGACCUAGAACAAAAAUGUCUGGGGUGAAAUGGAUCAUAGAGGUAGAGGUACCUGUCAAGGCAGAACCCUGUGAGGAAGGGUCUUUCAAAGAACACAUGGACCAUAAUUCUAAGAGCGUGACUGCCCUCAGCAUCACACACCUAAUCUAAAGGAGCACUUCCUAUUGUGGAAGCUUCUGCCUACAUUCAGCCCGUCCUUUCCUGCCUGCUUUCUCUUUCUCCAAGUGCCUCGACCUCUACCACGCUCGCUCUCUUUCCCUCCCCUUAGCCCGUCUUGGUCUGAGCGCCUUUUCACAAUCCAAAUGAAACACCACCAGCCACCUGCUGAUCGUCACCAGCAUUUACUUUCCCCAGUUACUUUUUCUCCAUCCAUGAGGAAUAGGACUUGUCCCAACUCCCUCGAAAUCCCUCUACCAUCUAGCUAUAUCUUGGCUAACCUUUGCCCUAGACACCCUACCAGAUCUAAUGCAGCACCACGUGUAAUCUCGUCCAUCCCAUACUGUUCUACCCUUUCCCAGCUGCCAAAAUAUCUUGCUCUCCUCUACCUCAUCCCCAAAGAGCCUAUAAACUCAGAGUAUCCAGCCUUUUCAUGGAUUCACUCUCCGUUGUUCAGUAAUACUACUUCCAUAUUUUAAAUAAAUCAUAGAAGAUUUUUGCCUUCUAUCAAAGUAGGAAUCUUUAUAUUUAUACAUGAUACAGAAAUUGAACUAUUUCUACCAUGCAGAAUUUAGCAUUUAGCAGGAUUUUAAAGUGAUUGAAUUGCCAUCUUAACCUGGAUCUAUAUUUGGUUAGUGCAAGUUAUUUGAAUGUAAAGUGAAAAUUCUCCAGCAAUCCAGAUUGAUCUGUAACCUACCAAUGGAACAGGAAGUUUCUGGCAUACGAAUGGGUGGUGUUUCAGACAUUUGUUUUAUUGGUGUCAUUUGGGCCUUAAAACACAUUUCCAAUAGAAGGACAUAUGAUAAAGGAUGUUUAGGUGGUCCCAUUGGAUCACAGAAGACCAUUUGAUUUAUAAUAUAGAUAAAAUGCCAUAAAAUUGGCUACAUAAUGGUUUGAUCAAGCUUCCCUAGGUUAGACUAAGCUUCUAACCCCUAUUCCUACCCUAUUCUCAUGGGGGAAAAUGAGCUACGGGAUGAAAAGGGAAUGCACUGCCUUCGUAGUCCGUAUAACCAUGGCUGCAUUUUCGGUAUAUCCAGACAGUAUCAUUGAGGAACAGGAAACGCACAGAAGAGGAAGAAGCAGCAGUUCUUCCUCUAUAGCCAGUGCCUGCUCAGUGUGGUCCAUAGAUGAACACUGUCAGGCUUCUAACGUGGGGCGUGUUUAUCUACAGACGCUUGUCUGACCUGAAGACAAACCCCCCUUGUUUGAAAGUACAGAUUAUUAUGAUCUACAGUGGUAUUUGGAUGGCCUUCCAUGCCCGUUCAUGAACAACCCAACCUGAUAACAGAGUCUAGUCAAUUCCUUUAAGGGCCCAGAAAUGAAUAGAUGCCCAGUUAAGAAAUGAGACUUGAAUGAUGGAGACUGAAAGGAUGGUUUUUAUUAAAUCAUAUGUCAUGAAGUGUUCAUUCUAGCUUUAAAUUAACUAUGACUGCACCACCAUGAAGUCCAGAGUUGAAAACAGAAGGAAUUUGGGGGCGGUGGGUGGGGGGAUGCAUAUCUGAUUCUUUUCAAUGCUUGUGGAAAUCUUUGAAAUAAUAAAAUGCAUACUAUAAAAUAGCCAUUAGAACAAACACCCCAUUUUACAGCUCAUAGGACAGCAUCAAACGUUAGUAAGUCUAAAUAUGAUAAAUGUAAUUUUUGGUAUGUAAAUUUGCUAAAACAGUCUAUUUUCUUGCACCCCUGAGUUUAACCUCUUAAAAAUGAAUGUAUAAUUUUAACAGAAAGAAUAUCAAAAGGAGAGACACUCUCUAGUCUUUAAUGUUAAAAUAUUGUUUAUGAAUGCUGAUUAGCUUAAGUAUAUGCAUUAUGACACUUACUGAAUGAAACUGAUUAUACGUCUCUUUCUCGAGUUGGUCAUUACAAAUUGUCAACUGACUCCCAAAUCUGAUAAGGAAGGAUCAAAAGGUAGGAUAAAGGAAAUGUAUCAGUUGGGUAGCCAAGAAAUUUCCUUCGUAAUGUUGAGACUGUCCUCUCCUUUCUGAAUUUCACUGGUUCGCUAAAAUAAAGGGUAAGCGUUAAAUGGUACCCUUGUUCAUCAAGGAAAGAAAGUCAUCCCAACUCUAUAUCUACUGCAGAUAAUUUCUUUUACAUCCAUAUAUCUUCCCUGGAAAGAAAAUGCAGUUUUUCCCUUCCUCUUUCUCCUCACAUUUACUCUUUUCAAUCUGAUAAGAUAGACACAGAAAGCAAACCACAAGCCAGUUUGGCAUCUUCUCCAUGCUAAUAGAAUACUCACAGCCACAUGCACAGUUGGAGCAAGGUUACAAAGAACCCUGUCAGGUCAACUUGGAACAUGGCCUUGCUACUUGGAUUAGCUCCUUCAAACCUGAAAAUAACUUUCCUGGUCAUGGAAGAACUGGAUGUAUCCUUUAGCUUAUGAAAUAGGAUUUGAACUUGAAAUCUCUUUUUUUUUUUAACCUGAUUUUGCAGAGCAGCUACAUCAUGAAUGUAUAUAUUAAGACUCUGUAGCUGAAUUGCACAUGAAAUCAGAUUGCCAACUUCUUAUCUUUCAAUUUUAGACAUCAUUUUAUCCUUAAGUUGUGAGUGAUAUAUGUAGCAUGCUGUGAAACGUCUGUUAUAGUUCUUUAAUUCAUCAGUAUUAAUACAGAGUUAUCUUUUGCGUUCCUUGGUACUUUUUAUUCCAUGUAAUCAGAAGCUGUGAUGUUUUGCCUUUGUAGUCCUGUGCUUUGUUACUGUAAGUUUUUUUUUACGAAGCACGUGACUUUGGACUAACGUGAGGCGGAUGACGUGAUCUUUAAGACUGCUAUAUAUCUAUCAGUCUCUUACUAUAUAAGGUUUUCAAUUAGAAUAAGCUUUUAUCAAAUAGAUCAUUGAUGCAAUUUAGGAUUCACACAAUUUUCAGUGUCAAAUGGCGGUCUUACAUUUAUAGUUUCAAUUCUGAAAAUAGCAAACUUGCUAAACAGCCACUUUAAACUUGUUCUGGCAAAUCAGACCCUGCUGUAGAUAUAGUCUAAGUUAGUUAACCAUAUAAGCCUUUUCAACUAUUAUGCCCUCCACAUAAGUCAGCAGUUAAGAAGAUUAUAGAACCCAUGAAAGCUUUUUGUAUGUAUAACUAGGUUUUAUUUUUCUUAUGUUGCUGAUUCUACAGUUCUGACUAAAGCUGACCUAAAUGGAUCAGUUUUUGUGUAAUAUUCUAGUGCUUUAAUGCCUCUUUUUUUUUUUUUGGAGGGAUGGGUAAUAUUAUUUGAACAGAUGCAGAAGGAACUGUUGGUGAGUCAAGGCAAACACAUUUGAAAUAAAGGAACUGUGUAUUAACAUGUUAACAAUUCAUAACUGCACUUUUUAUGACAUUUUGAAAAUCUAUUUAUAGGUACAGAACAAUGGGUUUUGUUAAACUGUAUCACAUUUAUACUUGCAGAAAUUUAUUUCAUUGUUAUUAGUAGGAAUUUUAUUGGUUCAAUAAAAUUGGCAAAACUGAA